GUCUGCCUGUCUGUCUGUCUGUCUCUGUCUGUCUGUCUGCCUGCCUGUCUGUCUGUCUGUCUCUGUCUGUCUGUCUGUCUGCCUGUCUGUCUGUCUGUCUGCACUGCAGCAGCGGAGUCGUCACCGUCUGGUCUUGUAGCUUAACAACCAUCGUCCGUGUUCGCCGCCAGCGUCCAUUCAGAAUCCUGCUCCGUUACCGAUGUCAAGCGGGUCCGUGGCGGAGCUUCCUGUGCAGUGACUCAGCAUGAUCGGAGGACUCUUCAUCUACAACCCCAAGGGGGAGGUGCUGAUCUCACGGGUCUACCGCCACGACAUCGGGAAGUGGCAUGUGGCGCACGUGAAGAAGUCCAACUGUUGGCCGGCUCCCCCCACGCGGGACCAUCGCCCGCCGUGGGGGUCCAGGUCCUCUACAGGACGCGGGGACGUCAGUGAGGACAACGUCAACAACAACUUCCUGCUCAUCUACGAGCUGCUGGACGGUGCUGAUGAAGAGUUACCUGAGUGUAAUUUCUGGAUGAACAACGGAUCGUCAUCGACAUUCAGGGCAUGACAGUUCAGAGAGGGGGGCAAGAGGUCAGAGGUCACGCCCUAUGACAUCACCUGCUCACCUGUAGCUCCGUAUGACAUCACACUGCUCACCCUGUAUCUCCGUAUGACAUCACACUGCUCACACCUGUGUCUCCGUAUGACAUCACACUGCUCACCUGUAGCUCCGUAUGACUCACUAUAUAUAAUACAUAAAUCCCCCCCCCCUCCCCCACCCCCCCCCCCCCCAUAUAGAACUGUACUCUCCAUCAGUGGUUAAGAACCAGCUUCAUCCCCCCAGACGGAGACUAGGAACUCAUGAGUGUCACACACAC